AGCUUGGGAGGAGAGAGUCAUUCGUUUGGGAUUGUGGGAGAGGUAGAGAAAUAGAGACACGGUAAAAAGAAGAAAAAGGAGGAAGAGAGAGAAGUAGAAAAGGACACCUCAUCAGGAGUACGGUUUGAAUCCCUUUCUCGCCUCCCCCUUCCCCUCCGCGAUGUUACAGAGGUUGUGAGCUAUUCGCCUUUUCCCAUUCGCCUGCUGCCACUUCCUUCCUGGACGAUCUCAGGACGAGUCCGGUUACUUUUAAUCCGACCAGCAGCUCAGGCACUUUCUCCUCCUCCACGCAGCACACACGCGCACCACACACACGCACACGCACACGCACACGCACACACCCCAGGCAUCUUCUGGCUGCUUAUUGGAUUGACUUUGAAGGUUGUGUGUGUGAUUCAAGGCGGCUGCAUGUUGAACCAGGUGGUGAAUAUUUAAGACUGGAAGAAGUAAAGGGAUUUUUUCUUUUUCCUAUGAAAGGAAAAUAUCUGAAGGACUAGUCUGAUCAGCCAAACAGCUAACUGUUUACAAUACUCAUUAGAAAGAAAGGUACCAUUUGAAUAGAGCAUUUCAAAAGAAGAUCUUCUUAUCUUCUCUUCUGGACCACCCUGGGAAGAAUGUAUAAAGAUGUACCACUUCUUUGAUCAAGAGCAUUAUAAGCAGACUUAAGCAGUUUUCUAAGUCCCUCUUGGGUGUACGUGUGUGCUUGCCAUUCACACAUCCCGAAAUGAGAUGGAAUGUGAAGCAGGAACAGAUGCAGAGGACUGUGAACUGAGUGGUGCAAGUGCUGAAGAAGGAGGUUUGUUUUGAGGAAACAGGAAAGAGGAAUAAAAGAGAAGGGAAAAAUACGUAAUUUUAAGGAAGAAGGAGAGAAAAAAAAACGGGGACUAUGGGGAGAAAAAAGAUUCAGAUUACAAGGAUUAUGGAUGAACGUAACAGACAGGUGACUUUUACAAAGAGGAAAUUUGGGUUAAUGAAGAAGGCUUAUGAGCUUAGUGUUCUGUGUGACUGCGAGAUUGCUCUAAUAAUCUUCAACAGCACCAACAAACUGUUCCAGUAUGCCAGCACUGAUAUGGACAAAGUGUUGCUGAAAUAUACGGAGUAUAAUGAGCCACAUGAGAGCCGAACAAAUUCAGAUAUUGUUGAGACAUUAAGAAAGAAAGGACUUAAUGGCUGUGACAGUCCAGACCCUGAUGCAGAUGAUUCAGUAGGUCACAGCCCUGAGUCCGAGGACAAGUACAGAAAACUUAAUGAAGAUAUUGAUCUAAUGAUCAGCAGGCAAAGAUUAUGUGCUGUUCCACCACCAAACUUUGAGAUGCCAGUUUCUAUCCCAGUGUCCAACCACAACAGUUUAGUAUACAGUAACCCAGUCAGCUCGCUGGGAAACCCCAACCUGUUACCACUGGCUCAUCCUUCUUUGCAAAGGAAUAGCAUGUCUCCUGGUGUGACACAUCGGCCUCCAAGUGCAGGUAACACAGGUGGCCUGAUGGGUGGGGACCUUGCAACCGGUGCAGGCACCAGUGCAGGAAAUGGAUAUGGAAACCCACGCAACUCACCAGGUCUGCUGGUCUCACCUGGCAACUUGAACAAGAAUAUGCAAGCAAAAUCUCCACCUCCAAUGAAUUUGGGAAUGAACAACCGUAAACCAGACCUCCGUGUGCUUAUUCCACCAGGCAGCAAGAGUAACAUGCCAUCAGUGUCUGAGGAUGUUGAUCUGCUUCUGAAUCAAAGGAUAAAUAACUCCCAGUCUGCUCAGUCAUUGGCUACACCAGUGGUUUCCGUAGCAACUCCUACUCUACCAGGGCAAGGGAUGGGAGGAUACCCAUCAGCCAUCUCAACAACAUAUGGCACUGAAUAUUCUCUGAGUAGUGCAGAUAUAUCAUCUCUCUCUGGUUUUAAUACAGCCAGUGCUCUUCAUCUCGGUUCUGUGACUGGCUGGCAACAGCAACACCUACAUAACAUGCCACCAUCUGCCCUCAGUCAAUUGGGAGCUUGCACUAGCACUCAUUUAUCUCAGAGUACAAAUCUCUCCCUGCCUUCUACUCAAAGCCUCAACAUCAAGUCAGAACCUGUUUCUCCUCCUAGAGAUCGUACCACCACACCAUCGAGAUACCAACAGCACACGCGCCAUGAGGCGGGGAGAUCUCCUGUUGACAGUUUGAGCAGCUGUAGCAGUUCCUACGAUGGAAGUGACCGAGAAGAUCACCGGAAUGAAUUCCACUCCCCCAUUGGACUCACCAGACCUUCGCCGGACGAAAGGGAAAGCCCCUCUGUCAAGCGCAUGCGGCUCUCUGAAGGAUGGGCAACAUGAUAACAUUAUGAUCUAUUAGUUGGGAUUUUUUUUUCUUGCAGUGUGUGUGUGCUAUACCUUAAUGGGGGGGGGGGGGGG